CGUCGAUUGGAAAUGGAUGAUUCAGAUAACACUGUAAAAGAGGCCCUAUCUCUGGCACGUCAUUGGCUUGAAUAUGCAGAUUGGCAAAAGGCUUUUUUAUUAUUAUAUCAAGUAGCGAAGCUAAUAAAGUCAAAAGGACGGCUUCUUAACUUCAUUGAUACAAUUUACGUUUAUGAACCACAAACAACAGUCCAGCUCGCUCACCUCGUUCGCCUUACAAAGAGGGUUGUUUUGUCCUUGGAACCACUUGAUGACAUGGAAGUUAAUGUAGUUGCAAGAAUGCUACAAUUAAUUUCCUCCACCUUUAGGUUAAUAAUUAAUAGUAAUGAACUUAAUACUUUAAUGGAUAUUUAUUAUGAAACGAUGGUGAAUGAACUGUGCGAUAUUCUUAACAAAUUGAAUACAGAGUGGGAGUACAUACCGAAAUCUCAAUGUCGUGCAGAAUCUGAAUCUUGCCUAAACAUUGAUAACUUCAGAAAUAGGCUUGAGCAAAUGUCUGUUCUAAGACCUCAAGGUUUAGAGCAUAUUAAUAACUGGUUACAUGCUCAUUGGAAGUUAAGCAGCUGCCUAUUUUAUAUGGGAAUGGGCACAGCACGCCGUCUUCAUCCUGAGGAAGGUCCAAAACUAAUAGAGCGAUCUACUUUUAGUAUGCGUAUGGAAAGUUUUGACUUAGACCAAGAUAGAAGCAUAGAAUUUCAAUCCGCGGAUUCUAUGCAUACUCUUAUUUUUACUGACAAACUUCUUGAUGAAUUAAAACGACGACUUCGAACUGACGAAGUGCUAAUUUCUAUACGAAGUCACAAGCAAAGUCAAUACUGGUGGUAUCCUGAGCAGGAGUCCCACACUCAAGUACUCGUAGUUAAUGCAUAUACAAUAAAUAAUAUUUGGAAAAAAUCUCAAGAGGUUGUCGAACCAUUUCAAUAUAUUUCAAAAUUGAAAAUGAAUUUUUCGGAAGGUGAUUCAAUAAAUGAGCCGUCACGACAGAUCUUUAAUCGUGGUAUAGACUUUGAUGACCCUGAGGAAGAUAUCGAAAAUGUCAUUCAUGAUUGUGUGUAUACUCCUUUAGAAGUUCGUAUGUAUCGAACUGAACUAUUUGGUCAUUCAGUUCUCGGAGUUACUUUUACUCAAGCGGAUAUAGAUUAUUGCGUGCUAAUACGGAUGACUAAUAUACCAGAAUUAAAUGAAAUGGAAAGAGAAAGCUCUACUUGUCUAGUGAGAGCUGGAGUCCUACAAUCAACCACUUUGUUAUUAAGGAAUCGCUGCGAUAAAUCUCAGCCUGUUUAUAUUUAUCUUCGCGCUGCUAAUAUAUCUGAACCGUGGAAUAACUUUUUCCAUUCUGGAGCUUUUUUUUGCCUUCACCACUGACAUACGUAGUUGUCG